AUGGAUGGAACUUGCUUUAGUCUGCUCGCCUAUGCAGACGACAUAGUCUUGCUAGGGGAAGAGGAACAAAAAGUGGUAGAUCUAGGCGACAGGUUAAUAGAAGCGGCAAAAAAGGUAGGGCUACAUAUCAACAUGGAGAAAACGCAAUACAUGAAAAUUAGUAGGGAACUAGAUAACUUUCCUGAAACCGAAACCAUAACGGUGGAUCAGUAUGAUUUCAAAAAAGUGGAAGAUUUCAAAUACCUGGGCACAAUUGUAACACAGAAGAAUGAAUGUCAAAUUGAUAUUCAACAAAGAAUAAAAAUGAGAAAUAAAUGCUUCUUUUUGAAUAUUGCCUUAAGUUUAAAAAUCUCAAACAUUAAAUAUUUAAACUUAUUAACUUAUUAA